AUGUGGAUCGGUAACAUCGGGAAGAAGUCCGCAGCUUUCAUCAACCACAAGCCAUUCCACCCGGGGAACUACCAGAACCAGGAGAAGGUGUGGCUAGCUGAGCAGAAGCUGAAAGAGGAACAAAAGAAGGAAAAAGAACUUGAGGAGCGACGCCGCGAAGAGCUGAAAAUAGAAGAACUGCGGCGUGCCUUGAGGGGUGAGGCAAAGGCUGCACUACAGCUGCAAAAGAAAGAAGAAGCAGUGUCUCCGGCUGAGGAGCUACGGAGAAAGGCCAAGGAGGCAGCGAGGCUCCAGGCACUGCAGCGCAAACAUCAGGAGGCGCAAAAUCGGCUAAAGAAAUUUUCGAAAAGCACAUUGUAUGAUGAGGACGUGUUCACAUUGGGCCACAGCUCUGUUUUUGGAUCGUUGUAUUCUAAGGAGGAGAAUAAAUGGGGGUACAAGUGCUGCGGUUGUUUAGACAGGUCGGCUCCCUGCACAGCCAACCAAGGUGACGCUGAAAACCGCACGAAAAAGAGGAAAAACAAAAGCGCACCGCCUACUGAAGCUGCCGAAGCCACAGCCGCUGUACCAGCUAAAUCCGGGGAUGCGGAGAAUGGAGGUACAGACGGAAAGAGCCCUUCGGAUAGCUCUACCCGGGGAGAUAAGGACACUGAUGACAAGUUUCAUGCUAGCGGUAGCAAACGCAGAGCGAGAGAGGGAGGUGUUGCCGCAUACGUAAAGCUCCUGGCUGUGCCAGAAGAGGGGGAAUGA